GGGAAAGAGUUGGAAGAGGAUUCUCCUGAAUUUUACUUGCCGAACAAGUGAAAAGCUGGAGAUCUGCAACUAACUUAUCAGUAUAUAUCCUGUCAGCACAGCGGAGCUAAUAGGAAACACCUUUAUUUGAACGCACAACAGGCAGCAACUAAAGAGCAGAUGAUGGAAAACUGUCAGGAGGACACCGAAAAAAACUUUCAGGACCUCUACACGCAGCUGUCUGCUGAGGUGAAGGCACUUGAAGGAAGGUAUGCCAGAACUACACAGGAGAACGAACAGCUGAGAGAAACCCUGUACCACAUGGAGCAUCAGUUAGAAAUGCGUGAAAAGAAACACCAGGAUCAAAAAAAUCAACUCUCAGAAGAAAUCGCUCAUUUGGGACAUAAGAUCCACACGUUGAGGUCACUGAACAACCAUCUAAUGGACGAAGAAGAGGAAAUAAUGGAACAUGAAUCCUCUCUGAUAAAGCAGAAUGCUAACUUAAAAAUAGAAGUGGGUUCCCUGAAAUCCAAGAUAGCAGCGGCGGUAGAAGACACAAAAAAUCUGAAAGCCAAAUAUUGCAAAGAGGUUCAAAACCUUCGAUAUCAGCUAGAACAAGCCGAGGAAGUAACUUUAAAUCUGGAGGAGAUAAAAGCAAAACAGGAUGCUAAGAUAGCUCAAAAUGAGUGUCUGAUAGACGAAUUGUGCACGUUAACAGAGAGUCUCAGAGAUACCAUCAGAAAUCUGAAGAGGCAAAUGGAGUUGACUCAAGAGGAUAAGUUACUGCAUAACAAAGCGACUCAAAGCCUCAGAGACGAAUUUGAGGCUUUGGGUGAAACUAUGGAUCAAGAGAUAACACAAAACCCUGUUGUUGAAUCCCAACACCAAGCCCAAACUGUUAAAGCUGAAAAAUCGACUCAAAUGGACACUUUGAGCUGUGAAUUGAAGCAGCCAAAGACUUUAACCGAAAAAUCGACUAAAGCGCAAACUUUGAGCUGUGAAUUGAAGCAGCCAAAUACUUUAACCAAAAAAUCUACGCAAGCGGACACUUUGAGCUGUGAAUUGAAGCAGCCAAAGACUUUAACCGAAAAAUCGACUCAAGCGGACACUUUGAGCUGUGAAUUGAAGCAGCCAAAUACUUUAACCAAAAAAUCUACGCAAGCGGACACUUUGAGCUGUGAAUUGAAUCAGCCAAAGACUUUAACCGAAAAAUCAACUAAAACACAAACUUUGAGCUGUGAAUUGAAGCAGCCAAAUACUUUAACCGAAAAAUCUAAGCAAGCGGCGACUUUGAGCUGUGAAUUGAAGCGGCCAAAGACUUUGACCGAAAAAUCUACUAAAAAGCAAACCUUGAGCCGUGGACCGAAGCAGCCUAAAUCUCUCGCUGAAAAAACUUCACAGACUGAAACUUUACGUCUAAAUAAACAAGCGCCUUCUGCCAAGUCUGGACGAUGGUGGCGGUGUUGUGCGGAAGGUCUGUUGGUUAUUGGCAAAUACAUCAUCCUUGGUACUGGGCAAGUAGGAAUGACAGUAAUGGCUUACGAAAUGGUUAAUAGCCUCUGUUUCAUGCAUAAAGAAAUCGUCUUUUAAAAGCAAUCAAGCUAAAAGGAAAAAAAAAUCAAAGCAAUCUAUACAGAAAUUAUGUAAAGGUUACUUCGCCUAUUUUUUCACAAAUAUAUUUUUUAUAAAAAUGAUCAUAAAUCUUAAAGACAUCAUUUUCAUAACAUUCAUAUGAUUAAGUUGAGUGGAAUCCCUCAAAUCUACGGCAUAGGAAAACUAUUUUUCAUCUGAAAAAUCACGUCGUGAAAUAAAAACUACAUAGACCAGAAUUCCUUGAGGCCCAUCUAGUGCGCAUGUGAGGAAAGGUUGUUGUCAGCGGUGGUUAUGGAGAUGAGAUGGGACUGCGAGUCGUCAAUAAUACGGUAAUGCUCCUGGUAAGAUGUCUCCAAAAUGCCAGAGAGAAGGCGUUUGUGUUCCCAGCUGCGCGCUUACUAAGAAAAGUGGGUAAAAAGCCGCGGCUGUCACGACGUUUUUCGCACUUUAGGCGCUUUUAAGUCGCUCCGCAGAAUACAGGCAGCUACUGUUACUAGAUCGCGUUUGCUAUGUUGGCAGAUGGAUGAGUUAUUGCGGCUUAGCUAAUGCACCCCCCAUCCACCCAAUUUAACACGUUUAAGUCCGCACCAGAAUGCCACCUCUUAAGUUAUGUACGCCAUGUUUGUGUCACAUAGACGAAGAGAAAUCCACGUAAACGUCAUAUAAACUGUUUAUUUAUUUAUUUAUUUAUUUUUGGACUGGAGCUGGAAUUACAUAAGUCAGCACUAAGUGGAAACUUUGAGCCUUUUUUCAAGUCACACCCUCCUGUCAACCCAGUAGUUGAGUUUAAAAAAAAUAAUAUAUAGGUCUAUUUUAAUGUAUUUUACAGAAUUACUAACUCCAACAGCUCCCAAAAGGCAUAGCUAAGACAAAUUCUAGAUGUAAAGUUAGAAUAUCAUUUUCUACCAUGCCCUUUAAACUUAAGCAGCCCUGUUACGACCAGCCGUGUCGUAUUCUUUUUAGUUCGGUUUUUAGUCAAUGACUAAACGAAAACUAUCUUUCAGCGUCUAUCAGAGGGAUGCCCAAGAAGACAGGAUUCACUGUGGUCAGCUCUUCCAGUCAUGAGGAUAACUUCAGUGCCAAGGAGCUCAUGGUCCACGCUCCCACUGUCAAUGGUUGGAGAUCCAGCAGGUAAUUUAAACCUGGAUUAUUUAUUAGUGUAGCAUGAGGUCGGCAAACAUUGCCAUCCGAACAGGCAUUUUUACUUUUGCUCCUACUAAACUAAACUGCCAAAUCCACGUAGUGCUUUUAAAAAAAUGGCUUAUUAAGUUUUAUAAAUACCCAUUUGUUUUAUUGGUAAAUGAAAGUGAAAACAACUAUUAUAUUUAUUUAAUUGGAUGUAAUCAAAUGGAUAUACUAGUUGAACAUCCACCUUAA